GGCAGCGACGGCGUUACGCAAUAUACGAGCGCCGAUCUUCCGCUUCUAUCGGCAGUCAACGAGGUGCUUUGGUCGCAGGACAAAACCAAGGACAAGGAGGAGGAUGGGAGAGUGAGGGAAGUUGGGCAGCAGGGGUGCCGGGCACGGACCAGCACCAUGGCCAGCGAUGUGUGUUCGGUGGGUACCAGCAUCAGCGACAGCGGGCCGGCAUCGUCCCUGCCCGAGGCACUGCUGCUGGUCGGCCCAGCUUAUGUGUGUAGCGAGCGGUACGCCCCGCGGCUCAGCACGAUUGUUCGUGCCAAUGACGGUCAGCUGGUCAUCAAGCCCAGCAAGCAGUCGCUGCGAGAGAGCGGCUCUACAAUGUCCUCAUCAGAUGAGGUGGCGGCAGCGGUGGGGCGGCGGCAGAAUCCCCGCCAGUAGGCCAGCCCUCAAUGGCGAGUGCAAGUGGCUCCCCAGCAGAAGCAGGCCAGGCGCAGCUGUUGGCUCUGGAUGCCACAGACCUUGGCAUCAGCAUGCCGUGCUUGGCUACAUGCGACACGGGACGCUCCUCCAAGUAUCAACAGGCCGUUCUCGAGUCACUGGUGGCCUGUCCGCCUCACCAGGGGAUCACGCCAGAUGCGGAUUUGAUGAGCUACAUGGAUCGUGCAACCGGUGCAGAUGGCAGUACCGACAGUUUCAGACACACUGCCAGGGCUGUGAUUCCAAAAACGCAGUCUCCACGGCACUAUCCGGGAUCUUGCCCGUAUAGACUCAGGCUGUGAUGGAGUCGCACAAACUAGCGGCCGCUCACCUGUUGCGGCCAACUAUUCUGGCGGAUCGGGGAAGGCUAGAGUGGUGGCAGAAUGGGGCAGUGAGCUGGAUUUUGGCUCAGUGGAACCCACUGGGGCUAAAAAUACCGCAACCUCCAGCAUAUCGCCACAGCCGGAAGACACUGCCUUCCGGCGCCUGCUGGUCGGUGUACCGUUUGCUGCAUCGGCUGAUGCAGGGACGAGAGAUGCUUCUGCCCGACAAGAUCAUCCGGAGUCUGAUGGCAGCAGCAAUGGCGACUCGCUGACGACCUUUGCAGACGACUGCGAGGAGCACGG